AACCCCAUAUAAAUUUGAUACUAUAUUAACCAAAAAAGAGUGGAGAAAUCCCAUUCCCUCCAAUUCUCCUCCAAACCCUUCACCCGGGUAACGUUCAAACCAUAAUUCCUCCAAAAAAAGUGCUAAAGAGCACUGAGUGGAAGUCCAGGAUCACAAAUCCCGCGCAAUCCGCGAAGAAAUGGAAAAAGACGACGACGAGAUGAGGGGGGAGAUUGAGGAGCGGCUGGUAAAUGAGGAGUACAAGAUUUGGAAGAAGAACACGCCGUUCCUCUACGAUUUGGUCGUCACUCACGCGCUCGAGUGGCCGUCGCUGACCGUGGAGUGGCUGCCCGACCGGGAGGAGCCGCCGGGCAAGGAUUACUCUGCCCAGAAGAUGAUUCUCGGUACCCACACUUCCGAGAACGAGCCCAAUUACCUCAUGCUCGCCAGGAUUCAGCUGCCUCUCGAGGACACCGAGAACGAUUCCCGCCAUUACGACGAUGAACGGUCUGAAUUCGGUGGAUUUGGCUGCACUAAUGGCAAGGUUCAAAUUAUCCAGCAAAUAAAUCAUGAUGGGGAGGUCAAUCGAGCCCGUUACAUGCCCCAAAAUCCAUUUAUUAUCGCCACCAAGACUGUUAGUGCGGAAGUUUAUGUUUUCGACUAUAGCAAACAUCCCUCAAAGCCUCCUCUAGAUGGUGCAUGUAACCCUGAUUUGAGGCUAAGGGGCCACAGCACUGAAGGGUAUGGUUUAUCGUGGAGUCAGUUCAAGGAUGGUCAUCUUUUGAGUGGUUCGGAUGAUGCCCAAAUAUGUUUGUGGGAUAUAAAUGCAACUCCGAAGAAUAAUGCUCUAGAUGCAAUGCAAACAUUUAAGAUUCAUGAAGGUGUUGUUGAAGAUGUGGCAUGGCACCUCAGGCAUGAAUAUCUGUUUGGGUCGGUUGGAGAUGACCAGCAUCUUCAUAUAUGGGAUCUCCGAUCUCCUUCAGUCAACAAGCCGAUACAAUCUGUAGUAGCCCAUCAAAGCGAGGUAAACUGUUUGGCUUUCAAUCCUUUUAAUGAGUGGGUUCUGGCAACGGGUUCCACUGACAAGACUGUCAAGUUAUUUGACAUGCGAAGGAUUUCUACCGCACUCCACAAAUUUGACUGUCACAAGGAGGAGGUUUUCCAGGUCGGAUGGAACCCAAAGAACGAGACCAUCUUAGCUUCGUGUUGUCUUGGUAGAAGACUGAUGGUCUGGGAUCUCAGCAGGAUUAAUGAAGAGCAGUCGUCGGAGGAUGCUGAGGAUGGACCACCGGAGCUCGUAUUCAUUCAUGGUGGCCAUACGAGUAAAAUCUCCGACUUCUCAUGGAACCCUUGUGAAGACUGGGUUGUUGCUAGCGUGGCGGAGGACAACAUACUUCAAAUAUGGCAGAUGUCUGAGAACAUCUACCAUGAUGAAGAUGAUGUGCCUGUGAAUGACGCCAUGAAAGGCUCCUAGUUUCGGUUUUUUAUUUAUUUAACUAGCUUGUUUAGCUCUUCAAUAUCUUUCAUGUGUUUCUUUCUUUGCACCUGUUGUAUCAUUUAACCAUGGCUUCUAUUUUAUGAGAAUGCAGCUGCUCUGCUCA